AGUCAACAGGUUUGUUGUCACCAGGGGCCAGCCAUGAUGUUUCCGUGCAGCGCUUUGCCGCAUCCGCUCUACCCGGACCUGCUGCGUCCUCCGGCCGCUCCGGCCACCCCUCUCCCCCGGUCCCCGCCCUCGGGCUACCGUGUGGAGGAUCUCCUCCGAAUAGGCCAACCGGCGUGUAGCUACAUACAGCGGAGCCCCGGGGACGUCCUCUCGCUGAGCCCGCAGCAGGGCAGCUCACCGCGGGCGUCGGGACCCGGCACAGCGCGCUCUGUCUUUCAGUGCUCCGGGCAGCCGGGCCACGGCGGCGGCGGCUCCCCACAGUCCUCAUGUCCGGCCUCGAAUUGGCUCAAGUUCGGCGUCAGUGCCAUACUGGCACCGUCCACCAGGAGUGGUUGCUCUUCUCCUCCAGUCCACAGUUUGCAGACUAAAUUGUUUCCUCUACCAUUCUUAGAUGCAAGUCUCCAUCCUUUCAUCAGAGCGUCCUAUUUCACAGCUUCCUCCUCCUCUGUGGUCCCUGUCCCAGGAACCUUUUCAUGGCCCCUGGCCCCCAGAGGAAAGCCUAGACGGGGCAUGCUGCGACGAGCUGUGUUCUCAGACCUCCAGAGAAAGGCCCUGGAGAGAACUUUCCAGAAGCAGAAGUACAUCAGCAAGCCAGACAGGAAGAAGUUGGCCAGUAAACUGGGACUCAAAGACUCACAGGUGAAGAUCUGGUUUCAGAACCGCAGGAUGAAAUGGAGAAACUCAAAAGAAAGGGAGCUUCUGUCGACAGGCGGAUGCCGUCAGCAGACCCUACCCACCAAAACCAACCCCCACCCGGACCUCACGGACGUGGGUAGCACCUACUGCCACAGCGGGCUGGAGAGGACUUCAACCACCAGUCAAGGACAGUUGGAGAGCCAGGAGUCACAUCUGCCCCAUUAUCAUCAUCACCACCAUCAUGGCUCCUCUACGUCAGAGUCCAGUAAACAAUCAGAGUCAGAAAGUGAGGAAAUCACUGUUUCAUAA